AUGGGUUCGUGUGUGAGUACGGAGGCGACAGGAGAUGCGGAGUCGAAGCGGAGGAGCCAAGCAAUCGACCGAAAACUAGAAGAGGACUCUAGGCGACUACGGCGAGAGUGCAAGAUCCUAUUACUUGGUUCUGGAGAGAGCGGCAAGUCGACCAUCGUCAAGCAAAUGAAAAUCAUCCACCAAAAUGGCUACACAGUCGAAGAGCUGGCUUUAUAUCGCCUGACAGUUUACAAGAACCUCCUCGAUUGUACCAAAUCUCUCAUAGCAGCUUAUCACCAGUUCUCACUAGAACCCUCGAGUCAAAAAGUCCGCGACUACAUCCAAUUCCUUUCCGAUUACAACAUUGACCCUGAUCCCAAUAUACCCCUGGAUUCCAAGGUCGGCGAUGCGAUAACGUAUCUCUGGAACGAUCCUUGUACUUCCAAUGUGCUGGAGCAUCAGAACGAAUUCUAUCUGAUGGAUUCUGCGCCAUAUUUCUUUCAGGAAGCUAAGCGGAUAGCUUCCCCGGAUUACAUACCUAACGUGAAUGAUGUACUCCGCGCGCGAACAAAAACGACAGGUAUAUAUGAGACGCGAUUCACAAUGGGCCAACUUAGCAUACAUAUGUUUGAUGUUGGCGGCCAGCGGAGCGAGCGGAAGAAGUGGAUCCAUUGCUUUGAAAACGUAACAUCCAUCAUCUUCUGCGUGGCGCUGAGUGAGUAUGACCAAGUAUUACUGGAGGAGAGCAACCAGAAUCGCAUGAUGGAAAGCUUAGUCCUGUUCGAUUCUGUGGUUAAUUCUCGAUGGUUUAUGCGAACGAGCAUAAUUCUUUUCCUGAAUAAGGUCGAUCUUUUCAAACAAAAGCUUCCUCGGUCUCCAUUGAACCAUUACUUUCCGGACUAUUCAGGCGGUAAUGACGUAAAUCGGGCGGCCAAGUACCUUCUUUGGAGAUUCAAUCAAGUCAACAGAGCGCAUCUGAAUCUCUACCCUCAUCUGACUCAGGCCACCGACACGACGAAUAUCCGUCUAGUAUUUGCCGCUGUAAAGGAAACAAUACUGCAAAAUGCCCUCAAGGAUUCGGGUAUUCUGUGA